UUACAGUAUGGCGGCUUGGACUUGCGGAGGAGGACAACUUCUUCUCGAUUCUUUCCAGAAAACUGUAGGAAGGCGACGGCUAUAACUCAGAACCGCCACCGCAAACACGACCUGGACUGAGAUAGACGACGACAGGGCAACUUGUGGCUUGUACCUACCUUUUCCUGGAUGACAAUCGGGCUGGUGUGAUGCGUGAGGACCCGCAGUCAAGAAACUCCCCUGAUUUUUCCGCGUCUGUUACUGCCUUGACUGUCAGUUAGCCGGUUAGCCGCUCGGUAGCUCACCCCCUUCAUGCUAACAGUCGCUUGUAGGGCUCCGUAGUAGCCAAACGACGGGCUAGCUUGCUUUUUUUAUUUGCUCCAGGAGAGAGGGAUGGCAUUUCGCCUCCAUUUGGUAAGCGAACUGGUUGAGAAGGGUGGGGAGAAAACAUUUGAGGUCCUGGAUGAUAAGUUUGCCAGUAGUCAUUAGCCUAGCCUAGCUUGCUGGUUCAACGCCAGAAAACGUUGGCCGACAGUUAGCGCUUCGCCUGUCCACUAGCGAGCUAGCCAAUUAGCAUUUUAGUUGCACAAGAAGACCUGCUAAUCCCCAGCUCAUCCCGGCUGAAUGUUUUGAAGGCUCUGCACUAACUAAUUCAGACGAAGAGUGGGGACUGAACUGCUCUAGUUGACGAACCUUUAAUUGACCGUUAAUGUGUUAUAACUCAGGGGUGUUAUGGUUUUCAGUCUUGCUAGGUGUCGUUAGCGAUCUUAUAGGUGUUCUCUGGAGGGAGUGGUAACGUUAGGUAGCUAGCUAAUGUUCCCUGUAUCAGGGCAACAAGGUCACUCAGAUUAUGAUACGAUGUAAAUGAGGAAUAGAUUACAGAUUACAUAUUACUGAGCGCCAAACGUGUGUGAACGGAUUGGCGUGCGGCACAUCGGGGUGUGUGUCUCUUGUUAGCUCGCUGCAAGACAAGACUUGAUACAGCUAGAAAGCGCGCAAUAAUUUGGUUAACUGCUUGAUAUCAGAUGUAGGUUCCUGGACCGGUAAAGCAUUUGAUCAGUAGUAACAAUUAUUGGCGUGAACUGUUACUAUUUAAGGGGGAUUAAAGAUCAAGUCUGUGGUGGCUGACUGGCUUCCUUCGCCUGCUUCAGUGCUUGAAGAGUUUGAUGGACGUGGAAGGCUGUUUGCCAGACUGUCAGUGCUAUACUCAGUCAUGUAUGUCUUGACACAUGGCACCCUGGUCUGUACAUAGUGCCUGCUGUCAGAUGUAAGUGUCGUUAUGUAGCUUUGGUGGACAGUCAGUGAAGGGAAUGUCUUGUCUUUUUUAUACCUGUUGGUUUGUUUUUUAUUUUCAUUUUUUUCAAACACAGGAGAGUCUUGUUCAAACAAAGUGGGAAAGCGGUGCAGCUCGGGCUGUAUACAGUGGACAAUGUUUAUUAGUUAGUGCCUAGAAGCUUAGAGGACUAACAGUUCAGCCUUCAUAUAGGCCACAGAUAUUGUAGAUUUUUUCGCUGGGGAUUGCAACAGAAGCCUGCCACUCUGGAUCAAGAAAACUUGUCCCUCGUGUCUGGUUGGAGUAAUACUCUCAAGCCAAAAUCAAUGCCUUCUGCGCUGGCCGUGUUCGCCUGCCGACCCAACUCGCAUCCAUUCCAGGAGCGGCAUGUGUACCUGGAUGAGCCAGUCAAGAUCGGCAGGUCGGUGGCCCGGUGUCGCCCGACCCAGAACAAUGCCACCUUCGACUGCAAGGUGCUGUCCAGGAAUCAUGCCCUGGUUUGGUUUGACCACAAGGCUGGCAAGUUCUACCUGCAGGACACUAAAAGCAGCAACGGGACGUUCAUUAACAGCCAGAGGUUGAGUCGCGGCUCCGAGGAGAGUCCACCCUGUGAGGUCCUCUCCGGAGACAUCAUUCAGUUUGGUGUCGACGUCACUGAGAACACACGCAAAGUCACCCAUGGCUGCAUCGUGUCAACAAUCAAACUCUUCCUACCUGAUGGGAUGGAGGCACGCCGUCGAAGCGAUGUCAUCCAGGCUCCGUUACCACUACCUGUAGACAAGGUUGCAGCCAACACUCCCAGUAUGUAUUCUCAGGAACUGUUCCAGCUCUCCCAGUAUCUACAGGAGGCCUUACACAGAGAGCAGAUGUUGGAGCAGAAGCUAGCCACUCUGCAGCGUCUGUUAGCCACCACUCAGGAGGCCUCAGAGAGCAGCUGGCAGGCUCUGAUUGAUGAGGACCGUCUGCUCUCCAGACUGGAAGUGAUGGGCAGUCAACUACAGGCUUACUCUAAGUCCCAGACGGAGGAAGGGAUCCGUAAGGAGCUCUUGGCCCUUCAGGAGGACAAACACAACUACGAGACCACAGCGAAGGAGUCUCUGAGGAGAGUCCUGCAGGAGAAGAUCGAGGUGGUCAGGAAGCUGUCAGAGGUGGAGCGCUCACUCAGUAACACAGAGGAUGAGUGCACUCAUCUGAAGGAAAUGUCUGAGAGGAGCCAGGAGGAGCUGAGGGAGCUCGCUAAUAAGUACAACGCCGCCGUCAACGAGAUCAAAGAGCUCACUGAGAAAAUCAAGGCGGCGGAGGGCCGGCAGGAGGAGCUGACCCAGCGGGGAGCGACGGAGAAGAGGGAGUUGGAGCUGCGGAUUGAGGAGAUGGAGGAGAAGGAGCAGGUUCUCCAGGCUCGCAUCGAGGCUCUGCAGGCCGACAACGACUUCAGCAACGAGAGGCUUACCGCUCUGCAGGUGCGGUUAGAACAGCUACAAGAGAAAAGCAUUAAAGAGAACAACAGUCUGGAUGUCGACAUUGUCUCCCACGGACCACUAGAGGAGCCUGUCGAGGACAAACAGAGCCAGCAGACAACUGAGAGCCACAAGGAAGCCGAAGAUGAAGAGGAUACAGACACAGAUGAUGGUGCAGUUGGUGAAGAUGAAGAUGCUGAUGACAACUGUCAUGUUAACAACAGCGGAGGAGACUCGACUAGAAUCCAACAGUUGAUUGAGUGUCCGCCGGUAAAACAGCUGAAAGAGACUGUUAGUUCUUCGAUCCACAAACUGGCCAACUUCGAUGAAGUGAUGGACGCCCACCUACAGAACAACCAGACGGCAGAAGACGACAUCCUGGCGAGCCCCGAUCGACUCAAAGGGAACCAGAUGGAUGCCAAAGAGUCGGACAUGUCAGACACGCUGAGUCCCAGCAAAGAUCGCAGCAGUGACGACACGUCGGACGGCAACAUGGACGACCAGGAGCUGAAUGAACCACAGAACAGAGUAGCCCUGCUCAAAGCUGAGUUGCAUCGGGCAGGUCUAGAGCCUGGAGACACGGAGCAGGUCAUCCACCACCUCCACAGAGAGCUUCUGGAGGCCCAGGACUUAGCCAACACCGGCAAGCAGAAAUGUCUGGAGCUACAAGCUCUGUUGGAGGAGGAGAGGAGGAGUAACUCUCAGCUGACUGAAGAGUCAACCAAACAGAUCCAGUACCUGCAGACUCAGCUCGGGAAGCUGCAGGCUGACAUGGAGGCACUGAGGGAGCAGAGGGAGAGCACCAUCUGCACCACCAGAGACGAGCUUUGCUCCGCCCAGGAGGAGAUUAUCGUCCUGCGGCACGCCAUGGAGGCUGCCACGACGGAGCGGGAGCGCGAGAUCGCCGCCCUGCAGGCCGACCUUGGCAGCGUGCGCUCUGAGCUGGAGCACUGGAGGAACACGGCCGCCAAAUACGAGGAGGAAAUCAGCCGGCUGCAGGACGCCUUCACGCAGCAGCAACAACAGCAGAACACCGCCAACCAGCUGCAGGUGGAGUGUGUUGCGUUGCAGCAGCGGUGUGUGUGUUUGCAGCAGGACUGUGACAGUCUGAGAGCUGAACGGAAAGCUCUUAUGGACAAACUGCACCGCCUGGAGGCUGAGCUGAGCAGCACCAGGGAGCAGAGUCUGGUCCUCACCAGCAGUCUGGAGUCUCUGGAGAAGAGGGAGGAGGUUCUGCAGGACAAACUGGGUUCUCUGGAGAACCAGCACCUGCAGGACGCAAGCAGGCUGAAGAGCCAGCUGGACCAGGCCCAGGCCCGCACACACACGCUGCAGAGAGAGUAUGAAGACACACAGUCGCAGCUGCUGGACCUCCGUCAGCGCUACGAGCGAACAGAGAAGGAGAAGCUGAACAUCCACCAGGAGCUGGAGCAGUGCAGGAGCAGCCUGAAGCUGCUGCAGGACAAGACCAGCUCUCCAUCCAUAUUGCAGCCUGUCCAAGCCAUAUUCAUGGGCCUUGUCCUGGCUCUGCUCUACUGGUGUUUCGGCCAGUUGUGGUAGAAAGAGUGGCUGGAGCCCCUGGAUGCCGGUCAUCGCAGUGAUGGUCGCCGUGACGGCAGCCGUCCUCUACCCCAACCUCUCCAAGAGCAGCUCCACCUAGGACACAUAAACACACACAUAUGCACACACACACAUACUCUCACACACACACACACACACACAGAGCUCUGUCGGGAGAGCAUCACUGCUUUACUUGUAUAAAGUCUAAUUGUACAUAAUUGUAGAGGGAAUAUAAAGGUUGUGGUUUCUACAGAGGAUUCAGAUGCUUCUUGGUUUAUUUUGUUUUUGUGUUCUGUUUUGUUUUUUUCCUGCGACGGGGACUUUUGUUGUUUUUAUCCUCGGCUCUCUCUCAGCUGUGGUGGGGGCUUUUUGGUUUUCGUCUCUCUGCUGAUUUCUGGUUAACAAAUUGUUCCCACAGCAGGCCGAGCUUCCACACCACAAAAAAAAAAAAAAAAAAGUUAAACACCUGCCUGAGGUGAUGUUCACACCCGUCCCAUCGUAAACGAGCAGGACGGAGAAAGUGAAUGCAACGCUUCCCAGCAGCAUCAGUGCAGUCAGGCGAACAUGCUCCACAUUCAUCAGAGGAAACUGACAGGUCUGCACCUGCACACCGCUGAAUAAAUUUCAUUAGCCACCAGAGUCUGCUGGGGCCCAGUGUUUACCUGUAUCUGUCAGAACCGGUUUAACUGUUUGGACAGUCGGAGCGGCAGCGUCUCAUCGGUCUCUUUCAUCAACACUGAGAACACAAAGAACAAUGAUUAAAAUAAUAUUUGAAUUUCCUGUUACAGUAGGUUGGACAGGGCAGAGUUAGAGGCUUACACUUCAGGAGCUAAUGGGUUAGCAGCAGCUGUCUACAUGUUAAAAAAUUAUGCAGUGUUUUAUCAAACAAUCAAUUCUUAACUAGCGUCGUUCACCAUUUGUUCCUGCCCCCUUACUUUCUCUGGUUAGCUGAUUAGCACUGGAGAACCUCAAAUUGAAUUCUGACACGAGACGAUUCAAUUUACGAUCGGCAGUGAAUGCAUCACAAUCCACAGUCCACAGCCACAACACAUGGGUUGUGCUCAGGGCACAGAGAGUAUCAGGUCACCUCCGUCAGUCCUGUAGUUCACCGUGCACCUGAGUCUGCUGGGAAGUGUUCACAUAAAGGCGGUUUCAGGAAGUCCUGCUCUGUUCCGGGUUAAGUCGGCCAUGUUGGAUGUCUAACACAGCGUUUUCUCUGUGUUUUGUUUUUUUCUUUUCGGGGGAGUUUUGUUGGGUCGGGGUUGAAACUUGAAGCCAAAUUAUUAAAAUAAAAAUCUGAUUUAU